AUGCAGCUGUUGAACUUUCCAGCCGCAAUUUUCCAGCUGCAACAUCUGGAGGAAUUACACCUGGAGAAAAAUCACAUUGAAGAGAUUCCGCCGCAAAUCAACUGUCUGCAGAAACUCCGAGUUCUAUAUUUGAACAGUAACAAGCUACUCAGUAUCUGUGAGGAACUGGGUGACUUGCAGCAACUGCAGAGUUUGGACCUGAGUAAAAACCCUCUCCAUCUCAGUCUCUUCGCUAACACUGUGUGCCGAUUGCGGGCUCUGCGGGAACUCCGCCUGUACAACAUGAACCUGAAGCAAUUCCCAGGGCAGAUCUGUAAGAAGCUCCAUCAUCUGCAGCUACUCGGUUUGUCCUGGAAUAACCUGGACUCUCUACCCUGGGAGAUCAGCAACCUAACUGAACUCCAACAACUCUACCUCCAGUCCAACAAUCUGCAGGUUUUACCCUUUGCCUUUUGCCAACUGCAUUGUUUGGAGAUUUUGGAUCUGAGGCAGAAUGCAUUGAUUUAUCUCCCGGAUGAUAUCAACUGUUUACAAAACCUGAAACAUUUAUACCUCAGCGAUAACCAUCUGGCUUUCAUUCCCCAAGCCCUUGGCAGCUGCAGCAGUCUCUGUGUGUUAGACCUCAGCAGGAACUGUCUAGACCUCAAUCUCCUCCAAUUACUUCCAGGCAGUCUGGCGGAACUUGAUCUAUCUGAUAAUCAGCUACACACUCUCCCUACUGUAGUCUGCCAGCUCAGGGGGGCUUUACAGCUCCUCUAUCUGAGAAACACACAGUUAAAAAGUCUAAGCUGCUGCUUCUCCGACUUAACAGGGAUUCGCUUCUUGGACCUCAGUCAAAAUGUUCUCAGGUACUUCCCCAAGCAAAUCUGCAGCCUCAGCCAGUUGGAGGUUCUGUCCCUGGAUGACAGCAAACUUAAAGAGGUCUUACCAGGAAUAAAGAAUUUGACCAAACUGAAGAUUCUCGGUUUGACUGGGAACCGGUUUCGGGCUUUUCCCCAAGAGAUUUGCUCUGUGGAAUCCCUGGAAAGACUAUACCUGGGACAAGAUCAUGGGAUGAAAUUCACCCACAUACCUGAGGAGAUUUCUCAACUGGUGAACCUGAAAGAAUUGUAUCUUGAAAACAAUGAGAUUCAGUUUUUGCCAUCAACAAUCGGGUUGCUCCAGAACUUGAUUGUGCUCGAUUGCCAUGAAAACCGUUUGCUGGAGUUACCCGAAUCAAUCACGGACAUCCACGGCUUGCAGAAGCUUCUAGCAAGCUGUAAUCGAAUAACUCAUCUCCCAGCAAACUUUGACCAACUGAAGAAACUGGAAAUCCUGUCCCUAGAGAGGAACCCAUUGGAAAAGCCUUUAGACGAACUUUGCCAGCAGGGAGUAUCUGCUGUACUCCAAUACUUACAGACAAAGAAGGCACAGCACUUCAAGGCAACUAAGAUCCAGGCUUGGUGGCGGGGAUUAAUGGUCCGAAAAGAACUAGGACCAUUCAAAAACCUGUUCCCAAAGAAAGACAAAAAGGGGAAGAAAGACAAAAAGGGGAAGAAAGACAAAAGAAAGAGUGAAAAAGGGAAGCAGCAGAAAAGGAAGAAAAACUCAAGCAAAUACAAUAGGAUAACUCAGGUGUUGGUUGCUAGUCCCAAGAUAGCAAUUGCAUUCAACCAACCUUCUUAA